AUGGGCUUAUCGACUGUAUGCAACUUAACAAGAUGUACAUCAUACAAUUUGGUGUAUGGUUUGGAAGCUGUUCUAGCGUUAGAAGUCCAAUUGCCAUCGUUAAGGGUAGCUUUACACCUGACAAACCUCGAAGAAAAAGAAAAUGUGAGACUGGCAGAACUGGAAGCUCUAGACGAGAAAAGACUGGCAGCUCAACAAAGGCUCGAAAUCUAUCAAGCUCAAGUUGCAGGGGCGUUCAGAUCCUUCUCCAUUGAAGAUUUGGUUUUAACUAUUCGAAGACCCUUUGUCAUUACUAGGAAGAUGCAUGGCAAGUUUGAAUCCAAGUGGGAGGGGCCCUAUGUCAUUUCUAAAGUUUUCUCCAAGGGUGCCUAUGAGUUCUCAAACUCUGAAGGCAAAUGCAUCUAUCCUUGUGUGAAUGAGAAAUUUGUCAAGAUGUUUUAUGCCUGA